AUGAAUAGUAGUCGUAAACCAUCAUAUGAUUUUUUUUCAUCAUCAAGUCCUCAUGAUGAAUAUGAACUUAUACAACGUAUUGGUUCGGGAACAUAUGGGGAUGUUUAUAAAGCACGACAUAUACCAACAGCAUCAAUGCGUGCAUUGAAAGUUAUUAAACUUGAAGCAGGUGAUGAUAUUAAUAUAAUACAACAAGAAAUUCUUAUGAUGAUACAAUGUAGUCAUUCAAAUAUUAUAGCUUAUUUUGGUAGUUAUUUAAAACGAGAUAAAUUAUGGAUCGCUAUGGAAUUAUGUUCUGGUGGAUCAAUGCAAGAUAUUUAUCAUAUUUAUGGACCACUUAAUGAAUUACAAAUAGCUUAUAUACUCAAAGAAACUUUAAAAGGAUUAGAUUAUCUUCAUAAAACUGGUAAAAUGCAUCGUGAUAUUAAAGGUGCUAAUAUUUUACUCACUGAUGAUGGAUAUGUAAAACUAGCGGAUUUUGGUGUCGCAGCAAGUAUAACUGCGACUAUGUGUAAAAGAAAAUCAUUUAUUGGUACACCUUAUUGGAUGGCACCAGAAGUUGCCGCUGUUGAACGUAAAGGUGGUUAUAAUCAUUUAUGUGAUAUAUGGGCUGUUGGUAUUACAGCAAUUGAAUUUGCUGAAUUACAACCACCAAUGUUUGAUUUACAUCCUAUGCGUGCACUUUUUUUAAUGUCUAAAUCAGGUUUUAAACCACCAACAUUAAAAGAUAGAACAAAAUGGUCAAUAACAUUUCAAAAUUUUAUUAAAUAUGCUUUAAUCAAAAAUCCAAAGAAAAGACCAUCAGCUGAACGAUUACUUGAACAUCCAUUUCUACAAGGAAAUUUAACAGCACAAAUUGCAAAAGAUCUCUUGGAUAGAUUACAUAAUGGAGCCAUGAAUAAUAUAAUAUCUGAAGAUAGAGAUGAUGAUGAAGACGAUAGAAGUAUCUUUCAAGCACCACAUAAGAUUACAUCAACUAGAGAUGCGACAUCAGCAUCAUCAUCAAGUAAGAAACAAAAAAAAAAACUUAUUACCAAUAUUUAUACUGUUAGAGUCGGAAGUGUUCGACCUCUUGUAGCAAAUUUAAGUCAACCACCAUUAAUUCGUAGUUCAAUUCUCAAUGAUUCAAUUCCAACGAAAAUCAAUGUAGACAAUUCAAUCAAUGAUAGACAUUCUCCAUUAAAUGUUUCAUUAUCAACAAAAAAUAAGAAUAAUGAAAAUUUUGAACAUAUUCAACGAUUAAAAUCAUUAGGUUUAGCUGAAGAAGAUAUUCAUCAUUUAAUGAAAAAAUUGCCAUUAAGUGCAUUUGAAAAUUUAGCUUUAAAUGAAAUUCAACAUAUUGUUGAUGUAAUGCGUGAAGCUGAUGUUGAAGAAAAUGAAGAUUUAAUUAAAGAUAAUACAAUAAAACGAGAACCAAAAUUAACAUCAAAUAUAAAAGAACAACAAGAAACAAUAUAUGAUCAUGAUAUUGAUACAAAUAAUAAUACAUUAAAACAAAAUAAUGAUUAUGAAAAUAUUUUACCAAUAUCUAAUCAUACACUUCAAAUAAAACAAGAUCAUUCAAUAUCAUCAAAUGGUAUUCCAAGUGUACCGAGAGUUCAUAUGGGUGCUGGUUUUAUGAAAAUAUUUAAUCAAUGUCCAUUAGAAAUUCAUGCUAGUUACUGUUGGAUGAAUACUGAAACGAAAAAUCAAUUUGUACUGAUUGCAGCUGAAGAAGGCAUUUAUUCAUUAAAUCUUAAUGAAUUACAUGAUGCUACUUUAGAAUUGUUAUAUCCUCGACGAACAACUUGGUUAUUUGUUAAUGAUAAUAUUCUUUGGUCAAUUUCAGGCAAAUCAAAUAGUUUAUAUCGACAUGAUCUUUUUUUAUUAAUGCAAAAUAAAAGUACAACUCGAUUAUCAUUACCAUUAAAUAAAUUUCCCAUAUCAGGAAAAUUUGAAAAAUUAAUGCCCAAAAAAUCAGCAGCAUCUAUUAAAAUUAAUAAUACACGUGGAUGUAUUCGAUGUUGUGUUAGUCGAAAUCAAUAUAAUGGAUUUAUUUAUCUUGCUGGAAUGUCAAUUAAUGAAAUAUUUCUUAUGCAAUAUUAUGAUCCAUUAAGAAAAUUUAUGAAUUUAAAAACUGUUUCAAUUUCAAUACCUAUUGAACCAAAGAUUUUUCAAAUAAUUUUUUCACCAGAAAAUCAAUAUGCUUACGUAUGUGUUGGUGUUAGUAAAAGUAAAUCUUCACCGAAUUCAUAUAAAUUUGCUGCAAUUAAUUUUGAAACUGAAAGAGUGGAAAAUUAUGAUGAUGUUUCUCUUCUUUCUAAUGUUUCUCGUGUCAUGCAACAUGAAAAAGAUGCUGAUACAGUAUUUAUUUGUCAAGGAAAUCAUAUAAAUAUUGUAAAUUCUCAAGGUAGACCUCACACAAAUAGACAAAUAUUAUCUGAACUUGAUUUUGAUUAUGAAAUUCAAUCAUUAGUUUGUGUACAAGAUAGUAUACUUGCAUUUCAUAAACAUGGUAUGCAAGGUAGAAAUUUAAAAGAUAAUGAAGUUACACAAGAAAUUUAUGAUCAAACUCGAUCAUUUCGAGUUAUUGGUAAUGAUCGAUUGGUCGUCUUACAAAGUCAUUCAUUUGAUCGGUUACAAUCAUCUAAUACAUUAAAUACAAUACCAUCUGAUUUACAUAUUCUAAUGGGUCAUGAAAAUACAUAA